AUGGCCGGCUGGACCAGAGAGAGUCUUCUCUCUCAUCUCUCGUACGGACAUCUCGUCGAGCAGGAGGCCGUCGUCCCGUCUCUUCUUCCUCGCCGGCUAGACAUCAAACACAGAGCUGCAUCUGCUUCGUCCCUCGAGUCCCUCCCUCUCGAGAUCCUCCAUCUCAUCUGCGAAAAGGCCGACCUUCUCUCGCUCCUACGCCUCUCCCGCACCUCCAUCCGCGCCAGAGAAGCCAUCACCUCGUUCCCAGCGUUCGCCUUCCUGCUCGCCCACGCCUCCUCGACCCUGAAAGCGCUCAGCCAGACCAACCUGCUCCCGUACCACGCCUGCAUCGACAUCUACGCUGCCCUGCGCAGCCGGACAUGCGCAUCCUGCCAUGCAGCACCGGGAAUCUACUUCUUCCUGCUAGACUGUCAGCGCGUCUGCUUCAGCUGUCUGCGCAUCAACCCCGCGCUAUGGAUAAUACCCCUCCCCUUCGCAAGGCGGUGCUUCAAGCUAGACCUUGACUACUCUACGUCCAGCGCCAGCCUCCUCCAGAUUCCGAUACUACAAGUUCGUGGCAAGGAGGCAUGCACAUCCGUCCAAAGCGCAAGAUGGCUCGCUACAUCUAUCCACGGAUCGAUGGAGGAAGUCUACCGUCUCCAGGCUGAGGGUGGAAUGCACGCCUCGUCGCUGAUGGAGGGAUAUCUGAUGCAAUUCCUGCGUGAUGCGCCGUUACAGCCCUUCACCCCCUUCAUGCUAUCCUCUACCGGAUGGUGGGAGGAGUUGUCGGAUUAUUACUCGACGAUGCUUGAUGACCUGUGCAUUACGUCUAGAGGCUGUGUGGCUUCGUCGCUGUCGGUGUCUGAUGGAACGACGACGACAGCAUCGGUAGAUCAGACGGAUCCACCACGUGCUGUUUCGAUGUGA